AUGGGAGGGAGAGAGAGCCGCACACGGCCUUGGUGGCUGCUGCUGGCGGCAGGUUUCUUCCUCGCACACUUCAGCUGCAGCAGCAGCAGCAGCACAGCAGCAGCAGAAGCAGUAGCAGCUCCUCUGUCACACCACCGUCAGCCUCCGUCAGCUGCAGCCUACAGCGGUGGAGGGGGCAAAGAGAAACCUCAGCCAUCUUUAAACCCUCAGCUUCAGUCUUUUUCUUCUAUUUCCACACACAGAGAAGAGAGCGAGGAGAAGCAGCAGCUGAAGGUGCGGAGAGCAGCACCAGCAGCAGCAGCAGUAGAACUAGCUUCUGCUGCUGCUGCAGGUGUGGCUUUGCAAGGCAGUAAGCAGCACCGUUCUGCUGCUGCACGUUUCAGGAGGAGUAGCGGAUCUCAGAAAAGUUUAGCAGCAGAUGGAUUUGCUGCUGAGUUAGAAGAGGGAGACUUGAAUGCUGCUGCUGCUGCUGCAGCUGCAGCUGGAGACGAUAGUUCGGGUGUAUUCAUUGAGAAGAAGAAGAAUCUACACAACAGCAUAUCUUCUUCUCCUCCUCUAUCUUCACAACCCUCGGUUUUGAACAGCUCCUUAUCAGCAGCAGGAGAAGCAAAAGAAGCAGCAGCAGCAUCAGCAUCAGCAGCUGUUGCUGCAGGAGCCGAACAACAAAGCAACAAAGAAGCAGCAGCAGCAGCAGCAGCAGAUACACCUGUUGCGGUGUCUCACCUUCAAGUCGGAGCAAAACAAAUAUUUGAUCAACUUCUAACAGGCAUGUUGGGCACUGGAGUAAAUUUAAUUCAAGGGAGAGGCAUGGGUGCUCAGCCUGCUUUGAUGACUUCACCUGCUGCUGCUGCAUACACCGCAGCCCCUGCCUACUAUCCUCAAGAGCCCCCAGGUUUAUCUACACUUGAAAUUGUUCUUAUCGUUGGGGGCAGUAUAUUAGCGGUGGGUUUAGUUGCUAUUCUUGUGUGGGUUGCAACUUCAAAGAAAAGACGCAGAAGAUAA